CUUUCCAAGCCGUCGAUUGGUGGUGUUUUUUGGAUAUAACUGUAUCAGUUGUGGAGAAUCAUUAUGUGGGUCUUGGAGAGUUCAUCGACAUUAAUUUGAUGUAAAGGCAAUGAUUGGAUACCGACGUCAACAUAGAAAAUAUAUUUGAAAAAUGCAAAAAUGUGUCUCUUCGAAUAGGCAGUUGAUGGCUUUAUUUUGGUAUCCACUUCUGUAGCUGCACUAGACACUGAAAAAACGGGGUUUGACGCAGACCCCCUCCGGUCCAGUGAUCCAGACGAAAGUUAAUGACUUUAGCAUUUGUGGCUGCGACUGCAUGCAUCUUAUCUCAUACGGUCUUUUAUUAGUAUGCUGUGCUGUUCCGAGUCAUUUAUUAACCACGGGACAGUAUCAGUGUUUUAUUGGGGUCUUCAAUUAUGUGAGCAGGCCAUGGCCAUAGCCGGCCCAUAGCAGGUCAAUGCGGAGCAGAUUGAACAGAACCGACACUUCAACAUGAGAAUUAGAAUACCAAAGCGCUGUGGAUCCCAUAGGCGUCUUCUAGUGCCCCUGGUGGUGCUGAUUCUGAUCUCUCUGGCUUUGGUCACCCUCCCUCUGUUUGACUCUAACUCCCAGAAGCCUCUGAUGUGGCAUGUUGACCCAGCCCAAAGGAAGCUGGUUCAGUCCUACGUGCAGAGAGUUCUGAAAGAAGAAUGCCGGCCCAACUUCACAAGGAAGGCCUUGGAGGCUCUGCUUCAGGGUGGCAGUCAUCUGACCCAGCCCUUCCUGUGGAAGGACACGCCCCUGACCCCGGACACGUUUAGGUACCCGCCCCCUUUUGGCUUCUAUGGCGUGGAGGACAAACUGCAGGAGGUUCUCAGGCUCCUCUCCCAGCCCCCCUCUGACCACGCCGAUGACCCCACUCAGCAGCAGGACAGGAAGCAGUGCCACCGCUGUGUGGUCAUGGGAAAUGGGGGCAUCCUCAGAGGCAUGAAGCUGGGUGAACUAAUUGACCGCUUUGACAUGGUCUUCAGGCUGAACAGUGGUCCUCUGGGAGUUCACACAGUUGACGUGGGGAACCGGACCUCCUUUAGGAUAAGCUACCCCGAGGGCAGCCCGCGGGUCUGGCAGGACCUUGACCCGAGUGUUGUGUUUGUGGCUGUAGUCUACAAGGCUGUGGACCUGGCCUGGCUCAAGGCCAUGAUCACCAGACAGGCUGUGUCUUUGUGGAACUGGCUGUUCUUCUGGCAGAAUGUUCCAGACCAGAUCCCGGUGGAGGUGAAUCGGUUCCGGGUUUUGAACCUGAAGUUGAUCAGGGAGGUGGCUCUGGACCUGCUGCACUACCCUGAUCCGAAGCCUCGGCUCUGGGGCUGGGACCAGAAUGUUCCUACUCUGGGAGUGACUGCCCUGCGCCUGGCCAGCCUGCUGUGUGACGAGGUGAGCCUGGCUGGCUUUGGGUACAACCUAAGCCAGCAGGAGGCGCCCCUGCACUACUACGACAACCUGUCAAUGGCGGCCAUGCUGCAGCAGGACAUGCACAACGUGGACCGUGAGAGGAGCCUGCUGCAAAGCUUUGUCAGGGAUGGCUCCAUCUCAGACCUGACCGGGGGGCUACACUGCUCCUUCUGCCCCAGCUGAGGCCUCUCUGCCAGGGGCUCACCACCACGCGCACCCCUACCAUCCAUCCCUCCAGCCCCACGCUGUAUCGUGCCGCCCAGUCCCCACUCCGCUGUACUUUGAAAACCUAGUUCCCUAUGUUUAAUACUUGGUAAAAGUGUUAUUUUUGAUUAGUAGGUGUCAAAUCCCGACUCCAUUUGUCCCUAGUAGUAAACAAAAAUAGGAAAACGUUUGAAGACUUUUGUGUAAGUGCCUUUGAUAAUUGGCCUUGUUCGUGGAUCACUGUGGGGAUUUGAGGUAACCCCAAAAUGAAUAGUCAUACAAAAUCCCCCACUUCCAACUUUUAAGGGUACAAAAGGUAAGAUUUUAUUCAGUAAAAAGUUUUGUUUACUGAAUACUGAAAUGUUUGUACCUUAUGAACAUGUGGUGAAAACUAAUGAGGCUUUAUGAGAGUUGUUGACAGCUCAAUGCCAGUGGAAUGUCAAUUUCUCAUUUUGGAGCGGCCCCAUACUUUACAGCCAAUUAGGUUUCAGCAAUCCUGUUCCAGCCAAUCAGCUGCAGCGAGACGGAU